GGGAAAGGCGCGCCGUGGGAUUCUCCCGCCCUUCCGCGCGGUGUGAAUGUAUCCAUGUGAAUGGGGGCAGAGCGGCAGCACGUGGAGCCGCGAGGAGAGAGCAGACUGAAUGACUUUAGGUUUCCAGGGACAGGAGCCCCAUCAUUGGAAAAGGAAAACUGUUUUGAGAGUUGUCAAAAUGUACGAAAACAGCACCAACCCGAGUGGGGCGAGUGUACGAAGUGCAGUGUGAUUACUUACAUUGUGGAGAAAGUUACAAGGAAACCAGUCAGGACUUGGAAAGGUUGGGUUGUUGGAGAUGUUAGAUCAGAAUAUGACUGAUAUGGGAGGAGAAGAGACUCAAGAAAUGUUUCCGCCAGAAGGUACCAAGGACGUCCCCCCAGCAACGGAAGACCCAAAGCUGACAGAGAGGACAGACGUAUCUGACCCUGCUCCAGAACCAGCUGUCCAGAGCCAGUUUGACACCGACAAGAUUACUGACGGCGACAUUAAAGUCGAGGCCGAUUACGACGACAACGAGGAGGCUCUUGACCUGACGGAAGACACGCCGUGUCACAUUGAGGGUUCCGGGAGAACGCGUAACAUCUGCCUGACGGAAAACGACGGACACGACAAGGACCCAUUCAACAUCCAGUCAACUUCAGCCGAUGGUAUUAGAGCAUCUAACGGAAAACUGACAUGUGAUAUCUGUGGACUGUCAUGCGUUGGGCCCAAUGUCCUCAUGGUGCACAAGCGAAGCCACACUGGUGAGCGUCCGUUUCAUUGCAAUCAGUGUGGGGCGUCUUUUACUCAGAAGGGAAAUCUACUUCGCCACCUAAAGCUCCACACCGGUGAAAAGCCCUUUAAGUGCCACCUGUGCAACUACGCCUGCCGACGCCGAGAUGCCCUGAGCGGUCACCUGCGCACGCAUUCCAUUGAUAAACCCCACAAGUGUGGGUUCUGUGGCCGAAGUUACAAACAGCGCAGCUCACUGGAGGAGCACAAGGACCGUUGCCACGGGUACCUGGAAACUGCUGGCCUCUGCAAACCAGAGACCGAAGAGGCUCAACAAUACAGGCUGAAGGCAGAGAUGGGUUCUGAACGAGCUCUUGUUUUGGACAGGCUCGCUAGCAACGUUGCAAAACGGAAAAGCUCAAUGCCUCAGAAGUUUAUUGGUGAGAAGCAGUUUUGCUUCAGCUACCCCGACGUGCAGUACAACUCCCCUCCGUGCUAUGGCAAGGAAGGUGACUUGAUGCAGACACGCUACUUAGACCAGACCAUCAACAGUACCAUUAACUACCUGGGGGCCGAGUCACUGCGACCCCUGAUCCACAUGCCUCCCGUGCCCACUUCAGAGACCGUGUCCGUCAUCAGCAGCCUUUACCCACUGGCACUGACCCGCUCGGACACCCCGAAUGGCGGCAUCCGGGAAGUAGCACUGGAGAACCACGGCUCCCUCUCGAGAACAAAACCCUCUGACAGAGGCGUUUCCCCCAGCAACAGCUGCCAGGACUCCACUGACACAGAGAGCAACCACGAGGAACGUCAGCAUCAAGCUUACCUGCAGAGUCACAUGGUGGUGCCUCGAGUGAGAAACGGGAUGCCCUCCGUGAGAGAGCACCCGAGGAACAUUGAUCUCGUCAAAGUGCCACGGGAACCAGGUCAAGAGGCCUUCAAGGUCAUCAGCAACGAGGGGGAGCAAGUUCGUGUCUUCAAAUGCGACCACUGCCGGGUGCUGUACCUGGAUUACGUGAUGUUUACGAUACAUAUGGGCUGCCACCGUUUCCGAGACCCAUUCGAAUGCAACGUAUGUGGGUACCGCAGCCAAGACAGAUACGAGUUCUCCUCCCAUAUAGCAAGAGGGGAGCACCGUUUCUGUAGGAAAUGAUCCCGGUCAAUCACACUUCAUUUUGUUUCAUCCAAGGACAUUUUUUUUUAAACGCAUCAUGCUUUUGCUUUUUUUAAACUCAUCGCUGUGUUUCAGCCAUUCUCGAUUCCAGAUCAUUCCUCGAUCUGGAACCUGACCAUACACUCAGUUAUCAUUUCAGUUAUUCAGCAAUAGCCUACGAGGCCUUAUUGUAGCAGCAAUAAACCCGAGGAGGCACAAACUCAACAGAGGAUGAUUGCACUGGACAAUAUUAAAAUAAUAAUAAUAAUUCUUGCCUUUGAUAUAGAGCCUUAC